CUCUCCCAUAAUUCUUCAUACUCAAAAAGAGAAACACACUUGACAUUGUGUUGGCUUACCAAAAUCAAAAUGGCACUUCCUUUAGGGAUGAUUUCUGCACUGGUGGUGUUCCUAGUGGCUCUUACUAGGGUUCAACUCUCAAAUUGCCAACAUCUCAAUGCCAAAAUCUCCUGCUUCGACUGCCCUCAUAAUUAUGACUUCUCAGGCAUCCAAGUUGCAGUGAAGUGUGAGAAAGUGAAGAAACUAGCCACUGCAACCACUGAAGAAAAUGGUUCUUUCAAGGUCCAGCUUCCAUCAGGCAUCUCAAACACUAACUGCCUUGCCAAGCUCCUAGGUGGACCAAACCAGCUAUACAGCAAGAAGAAAAACCUGGUGUCCAAGGUUGUCAAGGUGGGACAUCAACCCAACACUUACACCCUCUCCACUCCACUGGCUUUCUCCACUUCAUGCCCUUCGGCAUCCAUUGAUGCUAAAUCAUGUGGAGCUCAAAAGGGGAUCGGUUCAUCCAAGACCGUCGAUCUGCCACUACCCCCGGAGUGGGGACUUGCACCAUCCAGCUAUUAUGUUCCUUUCUUCCCCAUCAUCGGUAUCCCUUGAUGACUAUCUCAGUGGAUUAGAGACAGUGUAAUAGCAGUAAUUAAUGUCAUAAGUAUUUGUGAGAAAGACGUGUGAUAUAUAUAUUUAUAUAGUUCUUCGCUGCUAUAUAUAUAAUAAUAUAGUUUGUGAGUGCAGACUCGUAAGAUUUUAUGUAAUUUCUAUUAAUUAUGUGUAUUAAUUAAAAGUGGAGAGUUUGAUGUAAUAUCUUUGUUUCUUGUUUAAUACUAGCAUAUAGCAGUUCAUAGUA